UGCUAAAAAUUUAUUUUCAAAUUUAUUAAAUUAUUUCAAAUUAAAGGAAAUUAUAUUUUCUUGUUUAAAAGCUGUUGUGAAUAGAAUACAAAAUUUAAUAACAAGUUGACGGAUUGUAUUUAUUGCAAAAUUUACUUAAUAUGUGAUUGUGACAAAGGACUUAGUUUGACUAGUUAUCUGUGUUAUAUUUAAAAUUAUUUGGUAUUGUGAUUUAUAAAGUGCAAACCAUGUCAGCUAUUGGUAGUGACCAAGAUACUGAAUCGUCCAACUUUGGAUCUCCAUCUCCACAGUCGAAAAAUAUACAUAUCGACUCCCCUUAUAGUUCACCGUCGCAACAAGUUCCUCAGUUAGCAUUUUCAUUGAAUGAAUUAUCUUGCACAGAUAAAAAUUUCAGCAUGCAUUUCGAACUGCGACCAUUUCUCCGUAUCGUCGAACAACCUCAAGACUACUUUAGAUUCCGAUACAAGAGUGAAAUGGUCGGAACACAUGGGUGCCUACUCGGGAAAUCUUAUGUGACGAAUAAAUCCAAAAAGCACCCUACAAUCGAGCUGGUCAAUUAUACGGGACGGGCAAUAAUAAGAUGUCGGUUAGCCCAACACGAUAGUGAUAAGGAACACCCCCAUAAGCUCCUCGAAGAUGAACAAGACAGAGAUGUGAGCUACGAAGUGCCCGAACAUGGCAGCUACAAAGUCGGGUUCGCGGGCAUGGGAAUUAUCCAUACAGCGAAGAAAGAUGUCCCCGGAUUGUUGUACAAUAAGUAUGCGUCACAAAAUAGUACAAUGAGUUCUAGAGAGCUUCGCACCCUGUGCGAAAACGAAGCGAAAAAUAUCAACCUCAAUAUAGUUAGACUGAGGUUUAGUGCACAUGAUAUUAAUACCAAUGAAGAAAUAUGUCCAGCUGUCUUCUCAGAACCAAUUCACAAUAUGAAAAGUGCAGCUACGAAUGAUUUGAAAAUAUGCCGCAUUAGCCGUAGUUGUGGCCGGCCCAGAGGUGGGGAUGACGUCUAUAUUUUUGUGGAAAAAGUGAAUAAAAAAAACAUUAAGAUUCGGUUUUUUGAGGUUUCUGAGAGCGGGGAAGAAGUGUGGAGUGCCUUCGCACAUUUCUUAGAGAGCGACGUCCACCACCAGUACGCUAUCGUCUUUAGGACACCCCAGUAUAAGGAUCCGUAUAUAACAGUCGAUGUGAAGGUGUGCAUAGAACUGGUGCGACCUCUAGACGGCAGGACGAGCGACGCUAAAGAAUUCACUUAUAAAGCGGAACAGGCUUUCAAACAGAGUAAAAAACGGAAGGCCAACUCAUCGUACUCGUCGCUCAGUUCCAAUAGUGGCUCUAUAAAGAGCAUCGGCGAUGUUCCGGCUACAGUCAUGUUUGUGAAUAGCCAAGCAAACAACUUAUGUGAGGAUGACAACAAAUACGACCUUAAAAUGUCUACAUUCCAGACCAUACCGCAAAUACCAGUGCCUCUAAAUUCACCCGGUAACGACCUAGGGAAUGCUCUCUUGAUGGAUAUAACAGGAGCCACGCCGAGCCCCGAUAACAAGCAGCACUUACUAAACAACAACCCGAUGAUAGGACAACCCAAUAUACCUUCAUUGCCCGACUUUAAUUCCGCCGAGCUGAGACAGAUACUUGAAAACAACUCGAGUAUCUCGACGGAGGAUAAAAAACGAUUUGCCGAGGUUGAUUUGUCUGAAUAUUUAAGCUCAUUCCAGGACAGUUUCUCUGAUGAGCCGAGUAGCAUGAACUUCCUAGUAAGUUCAAUGCUGGUUUCAGAUUCUGGCCGUGCAAAGGGAACUGAUAAAAAGUCCAGCACUAGUACUAUUAAAUCAUCCAGGAAAAAAGAGGAAAUGAAGCCUAAAAUUGUUGAAAAAGCAAACAGCGAGUAUUCGGCGUCUUAUACCUCAAAAGAUGGUACGGAUGUGAAGCGGUUGGUUGCUGAAAUCUGUGAUAUAAUUCGUCAGAAACAAAUUACUAAGAAAUCAGUAGUUAGAGAUAAGCUGGAACAAUUGUUCGAAAGACGAUUAUCAAAUGGUGACACCUUCUUGCACAUGACGUUAUGCAGUAAUCAACCUAGUCUACAAUAUAUUGUGAAACUAGUACAUAGUAUGGGCAUGACACAUCUGCUCAAUCUUAAGAACAAUUUGUCACAGACAGUGCUGCAUCUAGCCAUAGUCCAUGAAACACCUGAACAUAUUAAGUUCCUUGUAUCAAGAGGUUGCGAUCCAAUGCUGUCCGACAUCGAGGGUAACAAUGCGUUUCACUACGCGGUAUGUCGUCAGGACAACGGCCCCGCCAGCUGUCUUGAGGCUUUGUUGGACACGAUACACAAGAAUAAUGUUCCACACGACUUAAACGCAACUAAUUCAGAGAAAGAAACCCCCCUACACUUGGCGGCGAUGUACGACUCGGCGCAGAAGGCUCGCAUCCUGCUGCAGCGCGGCGCGGCGUGCGGCCUACGCGACGCACAGGGCCGCUCGCCGCUGCACCGCGCCGCCGACAUGGACCACGGCCGCGUGCUGCGCGAGCUGCUGCACCACGCCUCCGAGAGUGAUGUAAACGCUGCCGACGAAAGCGGUUACACUGCUUUGCAAAUAGUCUGUGGCGGUGGUAUGAAAAAGAAUACGCUUGAGAUGGUGAAGUUGCUUCUAGACAAUAAGGCUGAUCCGGUUCGCGAUGGUGCUAAAUCAGCGUGGCAUUUAGCGAAGGAGGUACCUGAGAUCCGGGCGGUGAUUAGAGAGCACCCGUCUUUUGCUAACACACAGAUGAUGGAUGACGAAAUCAAAUCUGAACCGGAGGACGAAGAUGUGAAAAGCGAGGGAGAAGACGACUCUGACAAUGAGAGUGGCGCGGGUGGUGUAGAUGGCGGGGGCGGGGGCGGGGGCCUGCAGGGGCUGGCGCAGUACCGGCAGGAGGUGGCGGCGCUGCUGGACGCGAGCGGCGCCUGGCGGCCGCUGGCCGCGCGCCUGCACCUCGACUCGCUGCUCAGCUGGCUGCAGCACACCGCCAGCCCCACCGCCACCUUGCUCAACUAUCUUAAGGAAAGUGGCGAGAAUAUAACGUCGAAAUUAUUGGCAGCGACCCUGGAUAAUAUCGGCCAAGAGGCCGCUGCGGUGGUUAUACGGAACUACAUUGACUGACGGCGAGUUCGACGAUUAAAACAUCACUUAUAGUUGAGGCAUUUCUUAGUAUUAAGUACAUAGUGUCGUUGAAGUUUUAAUAUCAUGUAAGUCGUGUUUUACGAUUUUCAUGUUUUAUUUGAUUAUUACGAUAAAGGCGGAUCGUUUGAACUAAUUAUGACGCUCUAAUUGAUAAUGUCUCCUAUAUUUAAAUUUAUUAUAAAAAAAUGCAAAUAAUAUUUUUUACUCUUCUGUAGAUUAUAUACUGUAUUUUGACCUACGCGAAUUUAUUACUUCAACAAAUAUAGGUAGAAAUAUGAUAAUAUAAAUAAUUAAUUAAUAAUAAUUAUACGUAUUAUGUUAUUUAUUGUAUAUAUGAUGAAUUGCAAUUUAAUUAUUUGCCAUGAAUUUAUUACAAUCAUUGUAUGGCUAUUCAUUUUAUAAAUUACUCUAUAUUUGUAAUUUGUUUUAUUAUUUGUUCCUAAGCUACUAAAUAGGACUUAAAAUUUUAUUUUAUCAAGUCUGACAAGCACCUAAUGUCACCGUAUUUGACAUUGUGGAGAUUAGUAUCACGUAUUUUUAAGUCUGUUGCUGUUGCAAAUUUUUUGUUUGAUUUAACCCAAAUGAGAGUAUAGACAGGAGUUUAAUUAAGUGGCCUGUAUAAAUAAUAGUAAUGUCUAAAUACCUACUUAUUGUAAAUUCAGUAACUAAGUAUAUAAAUUGAUGCUGUGAUGCAAGUGACUUGAAUUGAAAAAUAAGUUAUUAGUUAGCAAUACCUAUUAUUAUCAUUAGAUGUGUUUGUCUAUAAUGAAUUAUUUUUUAGUUUUAAUUAGAAGUAUUUCAAUUCCAAAUAGAUUAAGAAAAAAUGUAACAGUAUAUUGACAAAGAAAUAGCAUUGGAACUGGAGCAGUCGUUUCUAGCGCUCAAUCUAUUUAUUUUUGCCGCUCUGGGCAAACAUAUAAAUUUUCUAUAGCUUAUAAUAUUUGAAUAACUCACAAGAGUUAAUUUUUUUAAAUUCUCUAUCUAUUAUGCAAAAAAAUAUAAAGUUUGAAAUCGACUACUCGGAGUAUUUUUUUUAUGUCCAAAGUUUUUCAAAGUUGUCGAAAGUAGUUCACAUCUUUUUAUUGACACUUUUUGAAAUGGUACUCUAGGUCAAAUGAUUGUUAAAAAGUUGACUUGAUAAUAAGAAAAUUACAUACAUUCGCACUUGUUAUUCAAAAUUGAUGUAAUUUUUAACCUUGUAUAAUAUUAUAAUUUAAUAAGAUUUGUUAAAAUCUACCUACUGGUUUAAUUUUGUUAGUAAUAAUAAAUUUUAUAUUUUAUUUC